AAAGAAAUGACACGUAGGCAAUGGAUGACGCCAGAGAGGAGUAAAAGCGAUCUUACAAAGCAGAUCCGACACUCUCCCGAUAAUUCCCGCGUAAUGAUGGCCCCCACCUUUCUGAAUGGGCUUGUAUUGGGCCUGAAUUAAGGACUGGGCCUUUCAGACAGCUUUAGGCCCAGAAGACAACUGUUUACAUCUGAUGACGGUGACGGUCAGGAAGAUGGCCUUCUUCUGUUGUCAUCCAACGGUCGAAUUUUUCACGAAAGGAGAAUGAGGAAGAGGGGGAGAAACCCUAAACCCCCUAGAUCCGAUCGGAGAAGAAGAAGAGCGUGAAAUCACCUCCAACGGUAUGAAAAAUGUUCUCUCCUUGCUAUCUAUCUCUUCACCUCCUCUACCCCGCGCCACAAGGUUCAUAACUACAUCGGAUAAUUUCUCGUAUCUGAUCUGCUUUCUGGGUUUCGUUUGUUUGCUCUGAUCUCGUUUUGUUUUGUUUUGUUUUUUGCGUUGCCUGAUUCAUUUGGCUUGUGCGCUUUAAUUUUUUCGUUGAUUUGUGCUUCUAGAGGAUUCGUCUUCGGUUUUACCUCCAAUUGGAUUCGGAGGUAGAUCGUACUAAAUCACUGCGCUUUUCAUGGAUAUAACGUGUGGAUCAGAUUGAUGAUGAAAUCGGAACGGUUUGUGGCUCGUGGGUUUUAUUGAUUCUAAGGCUUGUUUGAUGGGAAUCAUGAGAUUCACUGUUAUCUUUCAUGGGUGCAACCUGGAAGGAAGAUACGCUUGAUGUGAGAAUGAGACUCGGGAAUACAGACUUUUUAGGUGUGGAUUUAUUGAUGACGACGUAGAAGAUUCACAGUGAUCGAUUGAGAUCAAAUGAUAAGUUUGUCCUAUGGACGAGCUUCCCUGUUCCACGGAGAUAGAUGGUUAUCGAUCUUACGAUGAAGAUGGUUUCGAUGUUAGGGACGAGGAGGAUGUGGUGUGAUAAUAACCCAAGCAAACACCUUGGAAUGCCAUAGGAGCGUCGGAUAAUUGCCUUCUCGGUGAGAAAGAAAUUUGCAGCAAAGAGUCGCAAGAGCCAAAUGCUGUAAUUGAUGACAGUUUUGGCAAACACCAGUGGCUUUCCCUCAGAAGAGACUGCUGUAUGGAACAUGCUUGUCUGAGCUGGAGAAGAAGACACACUGAGGACGCAACUGGUAAAGUAGAGACAUUGCUAUCAAAGAUCAGUUGCAUGAAAGUGUAGAAAAUGGGACAGGAAAAUCAAAAGGCUGUGACUAGAGAUCGGUCGAGAAACCAUCUCCGGAUAUCGGGUGAAGUUCAGGUGAUAGAUCUGCUGACUCCUUGGCCGAGUUGCAGAGUUGGAUCCAUCAAGAAGAAGCUAAAAGUUCCCUGAGUUGAUAGACUUGACGACAAGGUCUCAAAUUUUGCAGAGUUGUAUAUUUUUUUUUUUGGAACAAGGAAACCUUCAAACAGGAAGUGGUAAUGGGAUAAGUAAUUGAUAUGUUGUGAGUCAUGUCUGUAAAACAUGAAACUGUUUGCUUCACCAUCUUCAUCCACCUACUGUGUCAAGGUCAACUCUGUAUAUUCAUUUUGAAUUCAAAACCUCCACAAAGAAUAAUAAAAUAAGAUCUUAAAGAAUGCCAAACUCUCAAAUCUGAAUCUCUCUCUCUCUCUCUCAUGUUCUCCAUCUAUUUCCCUUGAAAUAUAAAAAAAACUAACCAACCAAAACUCGAGCAUCUUCCUCAUCUCGAGCUCAGUAACUUAACCCAGAGGAAACCCAGGUAGCAAAAUCACGUCUUUGAUUCGCCCCAAUGCCCCAACUGGACAAUUCUAGGGUUUCCACGACCAAGCUCCUCAACAGAGAGGCCGCCGGCGAAGAUUACUUCGGCGGAUCCUCCGCCUCGGUGCCCUUCAAAUGGGAAUCUCAGCCGGGAACUCCGAAACGGCUUUUCAAACAUGCUUCCGUUUCCGAUUCCGAUCCGGUCCCAGCUCCUCCACUCACGCCUCCGCCUUCGUACUUCUACCCUUGUUCUUCCCCAAAGACCGUAAACCGUAAACCUAACACUCUCCUGGGUUCCGUCCUCCGCAAGAACCGUAGCCGGAGAGCGAGUGCGCCGUCGUCUCCGGCGUGUUCUUCGCCGUCAUCGUCGUCUUCAUCGGCUUGUUCUUCGGGAUCAUUGUCGUGCUCCGUCCCUUCAUCUCCGGCAAAGACAUCGGAGUUCCGGGGAGUGAAUCGAGCUCCCAACAGAAGAAUCUGGUUCGGGUACGGAUCGGAUCAAAGCAAGUGCGGAGGAUGCUAUGCUUCGAUCGUGAAUGUGUUACUGAGAGAUGCCAAAUGACCAUUCUCACACAAUCCGCAAAUCUAAUCUCUUUGCUCUCUGUUGCUGUAAUCUUCGAAGUGUGUGAGAUUUUUACUCGAUCAACGUCUCACUGAAUAGAAAUAUGGAUCAGAGUUAUAAUUGUAUCAGUGUCUGAUCUUUACAUGGAAGUGAAAUAAAGUGUUGUAAGAGUUGGGGGCAUUGUUAGGUUUUACGGAUUCGUUAGAUUUACUUUUUGAGUUCCCAAGUCUUUGGAGCAUGACACUUCAAUGUUGACAGAUGCUGUCUGUAAAUUAUGGAGAAGAUUCAAGAACGAUUAUCUCCAGGAAUUCUCCAUACAUCUUUGAUAGAUUGUUUCUUAGAUGAAUUUACAAGCCAUAUGAC